AUGGCUUAUUAUGCAUCCUACUCUAUCAUUUUGGUACACCUUUGCACCAGUUUUGUUGUUGCAAGCUUUGGCAAUGACUUGAUAAGACCCAAGUUCUCAUCCAUUCUAGUGUUUGGGGAUUCAACAGUUGACACAGGCAACAACAACUGCAUCAAAACUUUGGCAAAAGGAAAUCAUUUUCCUUAUGGUAAGGAUUUCCCUGGUCAUGUGCCUACUGGUAGGUUUUCCAAUGGAAAAUUGGUUCCUGACUUCAUUGCCUCAGUGUUGAACCUCAAACACACUGUUCCUCCUUUCCUUCAACCUAACCUAUCAGAUGAAGAUCUUCUAACAGGUGUUAGCUUUGCAUCUGGGGGAUCAGGUUUUGAUGAUUUCACCACUGCUUUAACAGGUGCAAUACCAAUGUCACAACAAAUUGAAUACUUCAAAGUUUACGUAGGAAGACUCAAGGCCAUUGCAGGAGAACAUGAAGCUAAACAGAUACUUAGAGAUUCUCUUGUUAUUAUCAGUGCAGGAACUAAUGACUUUCUCCUCAACUUUUAUGACAUUUCCACUAGAAAAUUGGAGUUCAACAUUGAUGGAUACCAAGAUUACGUGCAGAAUAGAAUUCAGAGAUUCAUUAAGGAAUUGUAUGAUAUUGGAUGCAGAAAUUUUGCUGUAUCUGGGCUUCCUUGUAUUGGCUGCAUACCUAUUCAAAUAACAAAGUCAGGAAGAAUAAAAGAUAGGAAAUGUGUAGAUGAUGAGAAUUCAGAUGCAAAGCUCUACAAUCGAAAAUUGACACGGCUAUUGCUUAAAAUACAAGCAAUGCUUCCAGGAAGCAAAGUUGUUUAUACAGAUAUAUAUCACACAUUGAUCAACCUUAUAAAUCAGCCACAAAAAUAUGGUUUCAAAGAGACGAAUAAAGGGUGUUGUGGAACUGGGUUGUUUGAAGUAACUCCAUUGUGCAAUGAAUUCACUUCAACAUGUGAUGAUCCUUCAAAGUAUGUAUUUUGGGACAGUGUUCAUCCAACACAACUUGUCUACCAAUAUAUUGCCAAACACAUACAAAGGGAAGUUCUCCCCAUGUUUCAAUUUCACAGGGAUAUAUAG